AUGUGGACGAAGCUUUCCCCGGUCUCCCAACUCAGGGCAUCUCUAAUUCCUAGUGAGCCUGCCCGCUCCAGGACCACCCCUUUCAUGGGAAUCAUAGAUAAAACUGCCCGGACUCAACAGUACCCCCAUCUACACCAACAGAACAGAACCUGGGCCGUGUCUUCAGUGGAUACUGUCCUGAGCCCCACGUCUCCUGGAACUCUCCCCCAGCCGGAAACGUUCAGCCCGCCGUCCUCAAUCAGCAGCAUUGCCUUUUAUAACAAAACCAACAAUGCCCAGAACGGCCACGUGCUGGAGGAGGACUUCUACAGUGCGCACGGGAUGCUGGCCAACGGCUCCCGGGGAGACCUCCUCGAGAGUUAG